AUGUGGGUCGACCAGCCUGCUGGCACGGGCUUCUCUCGAGGCCCUGCGUUAAACCAGUCUAUGGAACAGGUGGCCUUAGACUUUAAUGGCUUUUUGCUGAAUUUGUACAAAGAUUUCCCAAAGUUGCGCGGAAAGAACUUGUGGCUGAUGGGCGAAAGCUUUGCAGGCAAGUUUAUUCCCUAUAUCGCCCAUCAAAUUUACAAGAACGAGAAAGAGAACAAGCUGGCUGGUAUUCACCUCAAGGGUAUUGGAAUGAAUGACGCCUUUUUCUAUGACAACAUGAUUGGCAAAGAGCUUCCCGCCGUGCAGUUUGCUCAGCAGAAUGCCAAGAUCAUGAAUCUGAAUCAGAGCGAUGUGGACCAGCUUAUACGCCAGGGAAAGGAGAUCGGCAUUGACACCUAUGUCGAAGACAACCUCAAGUACCCACCUGCAGGUCCCUUUCACGUGCCGGAGCAAUUCAAUUCGUCGAAGUCGGUCUACUCAAGCAUGAAGAAAAUGGCUAAGAAGGCCAAUCCAUGCUUCUCACCGUUCAAUAUUCUCGGUCCUUCGCCAUGCCCUUUGGAUGCGCUUGGCAUGGAUUCCACCACGGAGGUCUCUCACAAGUACAAUUACUUUAACAGGAACCCCCGUGUUAAGACAUUGAUCCAUGCCGAUAAUGUCACCUAUACUGAGUGCUCCCAGAAAAAACCCUUUGACAUCAUGAAGCACUCGAAGACUGAAUUUCCGGUGAACACUAUACUGCCCACUGUGGUCGAGAAGAGCGAGCCCCUGGCUAUCCAGAAUAUGACAUGGGCCGGCCAUCAAGGCUUCCAGACCCGGCCCAACCAGACGCUUUUGGUCGAAGGCCAGCCUGCCGGCACGUUCCACGCGGAGCGCAAGUUGACGCUAGUGAUGGUGGACAAGGCUAGCCACAUGAUUCCUGUGUAUAAACCUAAGGCUGCGUACAAGCUGCUACAAUACACUCUUGGACAGAUCAGCGAGGAGCAGCUAAGCGCCCAAGGCCUCUAA